UUCACUCGGCGCUCGGAGCUUGGCGCUCGGCUCCACUCCACUCAGUCAAUCGGCAGGCAGCGUUUGGCUUGGUGGGGAGAUCGCUGUUUCUCGUUCGCCAAUCGAUGAGGCAUCGGAAUUCGCAUUUGUGGCUAGUGCAGAUAGUGCAGUGCAGGCAGGGCUCCUCCGUCCGAGUUGUUUAAUUUGGUUGCACGGCAAUUGGCGACAAUUAAGGCAGCAGGGACACCAGGGACCAUAGGGACUGGCCGUGGUAUUAAUUAUUAAUAGCUGGCCAGACAAGUUGGCCCCGCGAUAAGCGAAUCACAAGCACAAGCUCGCGUGUGUUUUCUUUCGAUAGUGUGUGCCAGCGGCACAGUGGAGUGCAUUUGAUUGGAUUUGUUUGCUGGCUGGCCUGACCUGGCCAGUCCACGGCGACGUAGACGUCGGAGACGGAGACGGUUGUCACUGAACACUAAACAAAGCGACCAGGCGACGAGGCAAAUGUACAUCUAGAACCGGUUAGCCUGGCCGCCCGUUUCGGUUUCUUUCAUUGUUGCUUGUUGCUUGUUGCUUUCUUGAGUUCAGUUUUCCUCGAAUUUGCAGAACUUGCAGAUCGAAUGUCGCGUGUGUACCGGAAACGGUGGACCGACCCAGCCACGAAACAAUAAUCAGCCCCGCCAUUCACAAAGCCAUAAAGCUCUCCAAACACUCGAUAACGAAACUGAAAAAUCGAAGUGCAACAAAAGCGAAACCCCAGUCCAAAAACAAUGCCGCGUCGUUGUUCAAUUAAGUGCUGAUCCGGUGAUUCCUCGCCAGAAAUACCAGCAGAAUCGCGAAAUCGGGGAAUGUGUGUCAUAAGUGCAGAAGUGAAGUGCUUCAAAGUGCGAAGCGGUCUGAACGGCCAGUGAGUCGAACGCGUUUCUGUCAAAUAUCCAUAAAUAUUUCCAUCGCUGGCAACCCACAAAAGCCGGAAAAGUGCAAGUUCGGUGCAAAAGUGAACCAGAAGAUAUGUGAAAACUGAGGAGGAAUACCAUUUCCGACGGUGCUCAUUCAACUGCUGACUAAGGGCGCAGUUAAUUGCCUCUUCCAGUUUGCGCCGCAAGGAGUUUGCUUUCGGUUCUGAACACUCCAGUUGAGUCUCACACAAUGUGCCGCGAACUCUUGCAGCGUGUUGCACAAGCGCAGCCAAAACUGGCGGCUGCCGACAACAAUUAAACACACACUGCCACAAACCACUCUAAGAGCCGCAAAACAAGUAAAUAGUUCCAAAAACAAGCCACAAAGCAGCGGAAAAUGUCAGCCACCCAGCCGAAGGACCCGGCAGCCAAGACCAUCGAAUUGGCGGCUGAGUCUAAGGCAGCCCCCCUGGCCCCACCGCCCGACCAGGCAGCAAUACCAACUGCUCCGGCUAAGAAAACUUUAACCUCUGGCGCGGCUUUGUCAUUGUUUGAUCAGCUGAAAAACAGCGUCAACCUAAACAGUCUAACAAUUGGCGCCGCCGGCGGCAGCAACACAAGCCACCUCUCGCCAACAGCAACAGCUCCCACACCAGCAUCCGAAGCGGACACACCCACCGUCGCACUGUUGUCAGUGCCCGUCCCAUCCGACGCCUUCUCUUGCUCCGCCUCCGCCUCCACCUCCGCCACGGUCAACAUUGAACUGAAGCCGCCGGCAAAGCCCCCGCGGCCCUUCAGCACUCCCAGCAGCAUCGGAAUUGUGAUGGGCACUAAGAGGGGGGCCGGGGGCGGGGCAGGAGGGUCCACCGAACAGGACAUAAACGCGUUGCGAUCUCAGUUGUACCAGGGCGCCCGGAAAUCGGGCGCACCGACUAAAGCGGGAGCAGCCAAGGCGGCGCCACAGCGAGCAGCUCCAGCAGCAAGGGCGGGCGGAGUGGCGGCAGGAGCACCCGGAGCAGGAGGACAGCGCAGUGCCAAGGGCUCGAAGAAGCGGUGCUUGGAUCGAUACGAUUCGUCAGAGUCAUCAGACAGCGGCGUUGCCACCUCGCUGAGCUGCGCCGAUUCUAGCACGGGCUCCAGUGAGGAUGCGUCCGAGCCAGGCUCCCCGUACAGUGCGCACUCGCAACUGAGCGACCCUGAUCCGCUGACCAAGAUGCCCCCCCAAAUCCUCGGCAACUCCAGCGGCACCAGUACCGCCAGCGGCGCAGCAGCGGCCUCCACGACCUCCCCCAGCAGCACUUCACAGGUCUCAGGAUCGUCCCUCCAUCAAAGUCCCAGCCAGAGCAACACCAGCGUCAAACUGGCGACCCCGACGACCCCCCAGCGAAGCGUCAACCCCAGCAUCCUGCCCACCCUCCAGUGGCCGUGGAACACCAGCCUGGGCAGCACGUCCACCGCCGUACCCGCCUCCACGGCGAACAAAAACAAGAGAUCGGCGGGCGGCUCUGGAGCAACAGUGGGCAGCACCGGAGGCGAUGGAGGCAUUGGGAGUUCCGGAACCGGGGCAGCGUCGGCCAAAAAGGCCCGCAACGACCUGCCUGGCGCCUCCGACGCAAGCAAAAGACUGAAGGCGGCCGCUCUGGAGGAGUCGCAGACCAAGAUCACGGGCUUCUUUAAGUCGCAGAUGAAGCCAACGCCGGGCGGCGGGAAACUGUCUCCCCAGCCGGGCCAGCAGAGCAAUCCGGCCAACACGUUGACGAUGAGCACGCCCGAGACCACUGCCUCGUUGAACAAGUACUUCAACAUCUUGUCGCAGCUGAAGGAGCAAAAGCAGCAGCAGCAGCAGCAACAACAACAGCAGCAGCAGAAGCAACAACAGCAACAGCAGCCCCCGCAAGCAACCAAGGCAGUGGUGGCAUCCACGCCAGUGACGCCAACGCCUCCAGCGGCACCUCCAGUUGCGCCUGCAGUCCCUGCCAGCCCCAGUCUGCCGGUGCCUGCGCUCAAGAAAAUCGAGCGGAGCACCAAGCAGCCCGCCAAGAUAGCCCAGGUGGCGCCCAAUCUGCGCAAGACGCCGAGCAGCAGCUCGUCGGCCAGCUCCUCUUCGUCUUCGGGCAGCUCGUCCAAUGGCUCCAACACGGGCAAGUCGCCGGCCAAGAAGCACGUGGCCAUCGCCCCGCGAACGCCCGAGAUGAAGCAGCAGCAGCAGCAGGGCAAGGCGGCCAUGGUCUACCGCCCGCCGGGAACGAUUUCCAAUCUGAAGCAGAAGCAGAUCUCGCAGCCAGCUUCUGUGCCAGCCGCAGCGCCUGCCCCCGCCCCUGCUCCGCCCACCACUGCCGCCCCGCCGAAUCCGACGCUCUACCAGCUGCCCAUGCAACUGCCCAAUCUAGUCCAGCUGCCGCCCCAGUUGGCGGCCGCUGCCAACAUCAUGCAGCUGAACAACGUGGCCAAGGCGGCGGUGGCAGCGGCGGCCAACAACAACGCCGCAGCUCAAGCGGCCCAGGCCGCGCAGGCGGCCGCAGCCCAAUACUUCCUGAACGGGACCGUUUUCAAGCUGCAGCAGGUGACGACUGCCACCACGACGACAGCCACCACGGCCACGGCUGCGGCCUCGACCGGGAAUCCCUUUGGCCUGCUGAGCGCCACAGAGCUACAGGAUCUGCUGAUGAAGCAGCAGCAGAUGCAGCUGCAGCAACAGCAGGCAGCGGUGGCGGCAGCCGCCAAGGCUCCGGGCAACACGACCAACUUCCAGGAGCUCUUCCAGCAGCAGAUUGCCGCCAUUGCCGCUCAGCAGCAGCAGCAACAGCAGCAGCAGCAGGUCGUUACUCAGCAGCAGCAGCUGCAGCGCUUGGUCCAAAGCGGAGCAGGCGCCGCCGCCGCCCAGCCUGUCUUCAUGGCGACCCCGGCCGGACUCCUGCUGAAUGCCGCCAGCCUUCCCGCUAUGCUAGCCGCCGCCAUUGCCGCCAACAACCAGCAGCAGCAGCAGAAGGUGGCCGCGUCGCUGGCGCUGCAGCAGCAUCCGCAGCAGCAGCAAGCGUUGCCCGCCCUACAGCCGAUCCCGGCCCUGAGCUCCAUCUUCGAGCCGUCGGCCGAGCAGCAGCAACAGCUGCAGAUGCAGCAGCAACAGCUGGCCCAGCUGCUGCUGUCAAACCAGCAACACCAGCACCAGCAGCAGCAGCAACAACUCAUCACUGCCACCCAGCCACCCCCACUGGCUGCCACAAACAACACUGCCAACAACAACACCACUGCCAACAACAGCAACAACCUAACUGCCUCGAAUAACUUAAGCAACUUACAGCAACAGCAGCAGCAGCGCGCCAUCAUCAAGCCCCCGCUGCACAGCUCCACGCAGCCACCCCCACUGGUGACUAUAUCCUCGGCGCCAGCUCCCGCCCAGACUGCCACGGUCUCAUCCGCGCCAGCGGUUAAGAGAGCCGUGCCAGCCGCCAAGCCGUACCAGAAGCGGAUGACGGCCAAGGGCAGCGGCAAGUUCCCAUCCGGGGUGGGUACUGCUCCCAUCAUUGCCACGCCCACCACACCACCGCCUCUGGUGCCCACGUCGGCCACCAAGGAGCUAGGCCAGCUGCGCAAAAGCACGGAGCGCUUGCAGGCAGCAGCGCCAGGAGCAUCAGGAAGCACUGUAACUGCGGCAUCCGCACUUCUUUCGGUGACAGGAUGUCCAGGAGCCACUGCAUCGGCUGCAUCCACGCCCACGCCUCCGUUGGUGAGCAUUGCUCCGUCGAAGCUGACGCCCACACUGAGCAUGGCGAAGCAGGGCCAGGCCAUCAAGCUGGCCAGCAGCUCGCCCGAUCUCUUCGACCUAGUCAAGAACUCGAACAGUGCCAUCUGCCAGGCCGCCAAGGCGAUGCAGCCGCUGACCCCGCUUCCCUUCAGCUCGCCGAGCAGCUGCAGCAACAGCAACAGCGCCAGUGGGAACUGCCUGCGGGCCUCGCCAGCGCUGUCCGCCUCCAACUCGUGCACCCUGUCGGCGUUCAGCAAGAUCAAGACUGAGCCGGUGGAGAUGCUGUCCCAGUCCUGCUCACGAGUCUCCUCCUCUGCGCCCUCGUCAAGCUCGCCGAAGCCGCAGAGCUUUGCCGGCCAGCUGCCCAGGACGAAUCUCGACCGGGAUCAGGAUGCGGAGACAGAGUCCGUCAAGCAGGAGAUGCUGCCCGACUGCAGCAAUAGCAACUCCAACUCGAAUUCGUGCAGCAGCAGCUCCAGCUACUCGCACUCCGUCAGCUCGGCGGCAGAUCUCUCGCUGGAGGCCUCCACGCCAGCCCCAUCGCCCUCGCCCUCCUUGUCGCCAUCAGCAUCUCCGUCUGCCGUUGGAUCCCCCUCGCCGGCUGCCAGUAACAUCAGUGACUGCAGCCGACGGGCGGCCAGUCAGACGGACAUGCUCAGCGAGCUGGUUACUUCGUCGUGCAUCUCCAGUGGCGGCGACGACUGCUCCCAGACGACGAACUCGCCUCCUCCGCCUCCCCUGCCACUUCAGCUGGGCAAAGGCUCGAGCACUCCCGCGCCCACGACCGCCGCUAGUGGAGCGAGCAGCAGUAGUGGCAGCAGCAACUACGACGAGGAGGACGACAAGUCGGUGCUCUCCCUGGAGACGCAACGGACCCACAAGCGGUUGAGGAACCUGCCCACUCCUGAAUCUGGGAUCGGAGGCAGCCUGAGCAACAGCGAGAGCAGCAACUCGAUAGUGGAUGCAAUCUCCUCGAAGUCAGUGGGUCCUCCCACCACGGCUGCCAGCAGCAGCGCCGCCUCCGACAGCAAUUCCCUGGCCAGCAAUGCGCCGUCGCCCGCGUCUCCAGACGAAAACUCCUGCAUGGCUACCGCCAGCUGUACUCCGCACACCGUGGUAGACAUAGCCCUGGCCGAGGCCUCCAGCAGCGGACUGCCAAAGAGCGCCAUCUCGCCGAUCCUGUCGCAACCAAAGACCAUUCGUUUCCCGGCCGGAGCGGGUGCUGGUGGCAAGGGGGGCAAACGGCACGACGGCGUCUGCUACUGGGACAAGUGCAACAAGAAGCACGAAAGCAACUCCAAGCUGCUGGACCACAUGCAGACGCAUCACGUGAACACCCAGACCGGUCCCUUCUCCUGCCUCUGGGUUGGCUGCAAGGUCUACAACAAGGAGUCCUGUUCGCGGCGUUGGCUCGAGCGCCACGUGCUCUCUCACGGCGGUUCCAAGCAGUUUAAGUGCAUCGUCGAUGGCUGUGGCUUGCGUUUCGGCUCCCAGCUGGCACUGCAGAAGCACGUCAACAACCACUUUAAUGCCGCGGACAACGCCAAGGAGAGCACCAGCAAGCGCACCUCCGAUCCACCAGUGCCGAAACAGUUGCGGAAGAAUGGCAAGAAGUUGCGCUACCGCCGUCAGCCCUUCUCAGCUCGCAUGUUCGACUUUUUCGACACGGGCAUCAUGGAGGGUCUGCAGCACCGACUGCGCCAAAUCAGCACGCUCACCAACGGAGCUCAGGCCAUCGAAUUCCAGGGCCAGUGCCUGAUGCGUCGCCGCAACAGCCAGGGCAACUACGAAUGCUUUGUGCGCUGGUCGCCCCGAGAAAUUAUCUCCGACGAGUGGCUGCCAGAGUGCACGAACCGGACGCGCCAGCAUACCAAGGUGCUGCACAUCAAGCAGAUGCGUCCGGCGGAGAAGACGCGCGUGGACAGCUUGCUUACCACAGCCUUCCGGCUGCGCUACGACGCUCAGCUCUUUGCCGACGACUACAAUGUGGAUGAACAGCAGGGCGAAGCCAGCGACAGCGACUGUGGGGAGGACGACGAGGAUGAGGAGGAGGACGAGGACGAGGAGGAGUGUGACGGAGGCAGUUCGCGCAGCGCCAGCUGCGAAACUGUGUCCAGCUACCAACAGGUGCUCAGCAUCGCCAAACUGCAGAUGCAGCAACGCCGCAAGCACCCCCGCAAGCCACCCAAAACGGUGCCAGCCGCGAGGGAGAACCUGGUGCCCACGGACGCCCUCGUGCCUAUCUAGGUGCCAGGUUGAAAGUAUUUUUAAGUAAUUAAGUCGAAGUCGAAGUCGAAGCCGAAGCGAUAAACGAGUAAACAGUGACAAGUAGGCUAGUUAGCGUAGGACCUAAGUUAGCAUUUAUUCAUAGAGACACAUGUACGCCCUGCUUUGUUCAUUUUUGUUUGUUGAACCGCCGUUUAGUUUAGUGAAUUUUUCACCACCACCGGUCGGUCCCGGCUCGUCCACCGGUCGUUGUAUAUAUGUGUGUUCCGGUGGGAAUGUUAGUCAGAGUCGGGACCAGCGGCCCUCAUCCCACCCGAGCGCUCCAGCGAGUUAUGCGCGAGCGAAUAUCCUGAUUCAUAGAGUUCUAGCUAUAAUUUAUCCUACAUACUUACGUUUCGUAUAAUCCCCACUGCCCGAGUGGACAAGACUUGUUCGAGAAGAAAUUAUGUUGAUCUACUUUAAGUUAAGCUCAGCGUGUAAGCCCUUUGUUUUCGUUUCAUUGCCCCCAUUGUACCCUCACCGAUCACCUAGAACUGGCCAAACCCUUCCCCGGGAAGAGCGGAUAACUACGCGCACAACCGAGCAGUUAAAGCUAAUGUAAAGUUAAUAGUAGAGUAGAGCGACGUGGCGCGCGGAAGAACACAAGACUAAAAGCAUUUACCGCUGCAAAAUGAAACCAAUAUUUGUAAGCGUUUUGUACUCAACUCGAACAGCAAUGCAACAGAUGUAAGUCUAGGUUAGGGCCCAGAGCACGCGAUUAUCCGAUUAGUGUAAAUGAGUGCGAACUGCGCCACUUGACGACCAUUUGACGGCUGCCCAUUACGUUUUCGGGAGCUCUAGACCCCUAGAGCGCCUCGUGCUCUGUAGAUAGUGUGAAAGGGACGCGCCCAAAAGUAAUUAACUAUUCAUUUAUAACUUAGCCAAGGCAACCACAAACCCCAAGGAACUAUGCAAAAUAAAGUUAUCGAAGAGAAUCAGAAAUGAACGCAAACCACUUGUUCUUCCCUUUUGUUUGUAUCUGCCGGCAGGAGCAGAAGCCGAAACACCCGACUGGUUUGGCUUUCGCUUCUGAUUUGCAUACAUAUCCCGAAUCAGAAUCAGAAUCCGAAUCCGAAUCCGAGUCCCCCAGCAUAUAAGCUAAAUUCGCCUUAAACCUAACCGUACUUCAUAAUUUCCUAUGCCAAUGAACCUAUGCAUAAGUUUAAAGUAAGUAACCCCCUUAUGAGCCGAGAUACGACUAAUAAUAAAACAAAUAAGAUGAAAACUCGACACUGCCAAAUGUAAUGGAACAACAGAACACAGUUGUUAAGAACGACUGAUAGUUACAUAAGUGCAGAAUGGAAAGCGCUUCGCCCCACACUAGACUAGACUCUCCCAUUUGCUGCGAAUAGGUUCCCUGUGUUGCAACAGUAGUAGCUCGCUAAGAAGUGUUUAUAUCAAGUAUAUCUGAGUGUUGUCUAAAUUAGAAGGUCUCUGUGGCCCAUUAGAUUAGCUGCUAAGCCAGAAUCAAGUAUAUGUAUGUAUCUACCGAAAGUAUUUUGAAGAGACUCGAGUUGGCGGAGGAUUUGUAGGACAUUUUGUAGGUCCCGAUCGCAGCUCGAAAGCAUAAUCUGAAGCAAUAUCUUUUAGGAAAGUGGCUGAUGAACAAUCUCAGCUGAAUCUUCCAUUCGGUUCGUCGUGUGAUGCCUUCGAUGCGGUCGAUUUUCCAAUAUUAGGAACGACUAAAAAUUAAAAAUCGAAAAUUAAGCAGGAUAAAUAUCAAAGAACACAAAAAUAACGAGAAGGGAAGGAAAUUCAAAUAAAAUAAAACUACCUCAAAUUUUUGCAAGCAUAGAACACAAUGAAUUUUUCGAGAAAAGUUUUCUGAAAUGAACAAAUAACAAAUAAACCAAAGGGAUCCGAGCAAUCGGAACCGAAACACACAAGGGAGUACAUAUAUACAUACGCGUAGUACACAGAGGAAAAGGAUACAAGGGGAAAGCAACCAACCGUAGGCUAACACACACAUAUUUUGCUAAAUUCGGAUACAGUCUGUUUAGGAUAAGCACAGCUCCGGGAAUCGAGUUUCAUUCAUUUACCUUUCGAGUUCCAUUUCGAGGUCGGUCCUUAGGAGCGACCAGCGACCCUCCCUAUCAGAUUAUCCAGACAUGCGUUUGUAAAUAGAGCAGUUUACAGUGCAAGAUACAUAUAUAUUCGAUAUCAUAACCAUAAUUCGUAAUGUUAAUAUUGCAACCGCUUUAAUUAAUUGCAGAGAGUAUGGCAUUUAACAGGCGUACGUACAUAACCAUACCACAUACAUAUAUAUACAAGUGUAUACCACAAAAUGUAUUGCUAAACCUAACUUAUUUCGAUGAAUGGCCAGAUUGGUUUUAGAUUCAGUUCUGGCCAGGAUCCCAAAAGGAUAUCCAAUCCCACACACCAGAGAGACACAAACACACGGAACAGCAGCCCUGUUGCUUACCAUGUAACUAAUGUAAUCAAAAGAAUUAUAUACAUAUAUUAUUGAACUCUAUAUACACAACUUAGUAGAAGAGACGAACACGAAGAUCUUGUAAUGCGCUGAGAAAUGAAAAUAUACGGAAAACAAAUACAA